UGAUUAUAGUCCAAUUUACAUCCUCUUAUCAUGUCGUCCUGUCGGUGGUGUUGGGGCCUCAGGGACGGGGUGUCAUCCUCAAUUUCAACAUUAUCUUGGAUGAAAGACUACUACUGCGGGUACAUGCCUUUCUCGGUAUUCCUUUAAUUCACGGUCAUCUUCCUCAAUUUCCUUCGAUCGUUGUCCAGUCCUUCAGCCAUGUUUCUGGUCAAGACAUGGAGAACCACCUCAUUUUCCAUCUAUGGGUAUCUAAACUUCACCAAAUCAGGGUUUUUGGAACAUUCAAAAAAAUUCAAACCUGAAGAUAUGGAGCAACGAAUGGAAGCUAAAAACUGUGUGGUUACUGGUGCAAAUUCUGGCAUUGGCUUUGCAAUUACUGAGGGCCUUGCUUCACGUGGAGCAACUGUAUAUAUGGUGUGCCGGAAUAAAGAGAGGGGAGAAGCAGCGCUUUCCAAAAUUCAGUCAACAACUGGGAAUAAGAAUGUUUUCUUGGAAGUGUGUGACAUUUCAUCUGUUAGUGAUAUCAAAGCAUUUGCCUCCAGAUUUUGUUCAACUAAUUUGCCCGUUCAUGUCCUGGUAAAUAAUGCUGGACUUCUAAAGAACAAUAGAGUUACUACACCAGAAGGAUAUGAGCUGAAUUUUGCUGUGAACGUUCUUGGAACUUAUACCAUAACAGAGCUGAUGUUGCCACUCCUUGAGAAGGCUGCACCUGAUGCACGGGUGAUUACAGUUUCAUCUGGGGGAAUGUACACUUCCCCCUUAACGAAUGAUUUAGAGGUUGAAUUACAAGCAAUACAUUUCAUUUU